AUGGCACCCAAACAGAAAAUCUGUCUAGCUUACAGUGGUGGGCUUGACACCUCCUGCAUCUUAAAGUAUCUCCUUGAGGCACAGUAUACUGUCGUAUGCUUUUUGGGCGAUGUCGGGCAGGAGGAAGACUGGGCGGCGGUGAGGGAGAAAGCCAUGAAAAUCGGUGCGGAAAAACUAAUCAUACGAGAUGUUCGAAAAGAGUUCAUUGAAGAAUUCUGUUUCAGAGCUAUCCAGUGCAAUGCCCAGUACGAAGGCCGAUAUUUGCUGGGUACCAGUCUUGCUCGACCCGUGAUAUCGAAAGCUCAGAUUCAGGUUGCCAAAGAGGAAGGUUGUGACAUCGUGAGCCAUGGAUGUACAGGAAAGGGUAACGACCAAGUGCGCUUUGAACUAGCUUUCCAUACCCUUGCUCCAGGCAUAAAAAUUAUUGCACCGUGGAGAGACCCGGCAUUUUUCGAGCGUUUCCAAGGCCGUAACGAUUUACUUGACUACGCCGAGAAGAUGGGCAUUCCCGUCACAUCUACUAAGGCUAAGCCAUACUCAAUGGACGACAACAUAGCUCAUUGCAGCUAUGAGAGCGGACAACUAGAGGAUCCAUCACGACCUCCUCCUGACGGCAUGUGGACACGCACCGAUGACCCCUUGACGGCCCCAAAUACCCCGCAGGAGGUCACCGUUCGCUUCGAGAAGGGCGUCCCUGUCAAGGUCAGCUCAGAAGGCAAGGAAUGGACGGAUAGUUUGGAUCUUUUCAAUGCUCUGAAUACCAUUGGCAAAAAGCAUGGCAUCGGAAGGAUUGAUAUAGUCGAGAAUCGGUUCAUCGGAAUCAAAUCCAGAGGGUGCUACGACUCGCCGGCUAUGACAAUUUUACGUUGGGCGCAUCUUGACCUCGAGGGGCUCGUCCUUGAUGGUAGGGUCCGAAGUCUUCGCGACCAAUUUGUUACCCACAGCUGGACUGAGAUCUUAUACAAUGGACUCUACUUCAGCCCCGAAAGAGAGUUCGUAGAGAACAGUCUUCUCUUCUCUCAGCAACGCGUCAAUGGCGAGGUCAAGGUCCGACUUUACAAGGGCAACUGUGACAUAAUGGGCCGAAGCUCAGAGACUGAGAAGCUGUAUGAUGAGUCCGAGUCCUCGAUGGACGUAUUGAAUUUCGACCCUGUGGACACAACCGGAUUCAUCAACAUCAAUGCUAUCCGUUUGAAGAAGUACGGACUUGCGAAAUUGGAGGAGGGAAAUGAUCUGGCGAAAGCUUGA